GCAGAGUAUAAAAACAGAUCAGGAAGAAACACACACAGACACACUGAACACCACACAGGGAGAUGAUCCACCUCUGAUAAUCUACAGGGACAAGUACAAGCACAUGCAGAAAGACACAACCCUUGAACUCCUGCAGUUGAACCGCUUUGCUCCGGAGGGCCACAUCUUGCACGACCCUGAUUUUCCAGGGAUGAAGGAUGACUUGCUGGCACACUUCCAAGAUGAGACACUGAACCUGGAGAAAAUCAUCUCUGAAUGUUUGCGAGAGGAAAAGAAGAGAAUACUGGCUUCCACUUCUCCACAACAGACGAUGCUUCUGGAACGAGUGAACGUUUUAGAACGGGCGGCGGAGACGGUGGCAGCUCUCACUGAGGUCCAGCUGCCUGAGUGGAAGCGCCAACACCAGCUGUCCUGCAUUGGAAGUCCGGUCGACUCCAGUCUGGACCGCCUCCAGGAGAGGUUCACCGCUGUGGCAAAGGUGCUACUAGAGGUUCACAAGCAGCUGCACAACCACAACCAGCAGAACAAGAGCAGUGAUGCCCCCGGCCUCCUGGGAGCACACGAGCAGCUCGCACAGUCACUGCUCACAUCACUCCUCACAAAAGCUCUAGUGGUGGAGCAACAACCUCUGAUAGUCAAGACUGGAAUAAAGUUCUCAGCCACAGUUCGGUUCUUGGCAAACCUCCCUGAAUUCAAGGACCAGCUCAAAGUCAAAGCUGUGUUUGACAAGGACGUUGAAGACCUCUUGACCUUCAAUGGGCUCCGUCAGUUUCGUUUCCUCAAUGAGGUCAGCAAGGUUUUGGAUGUGGACGAAGCUGCUGGAGCCUUGAGGGCAGAAUUUUUUGACAUGAAAAUCAAGGAAAUCAAUGAAAGCAGAGGAAAACGUAAGAGUCAAGUGGUAGUGACGGAGGAACUCCACAUCGUUAAGUUUGUGACCGAGUUGCAGUUCGAUGGAUUCAGGUUUAACGUCGAGGCCAGCUCGCUGCCGGUGGUGGUCGUCUCCAGCACCAAUCAGAUGCCUGCUGCCUGGGCCUCGGCCCUGUGGUGCAGUGUGCUGUCCAGCAUCGAACCGAGGAACCUGUUGUUGUUCCUGGAGCCUACCCCCCCGAUCGCCUGGCAGCAGCUGGCCCAGGUUCUGAGCUGGCAGUUCUUGUCCUACGGCCAAAGAGGACUCGAUGAAAACCAGCUCUCGAUGCUACGGGACAGAAUUGUGGAUGAUCCUCAAGGUCUCGUUCAAUGGGGCCAAUUCAAGAAUGAAAGAAACUGGAUCUGGAUCUAUGGAAUCCUGGAUUUGAUCAAGACACACUUGGCCGGUCUUUGGCGUGACGGGCGCAUCAUGGGCUUCGUGAGCAGGAAGAGAACAAAUGAGCUGCUGAGGGAAAAGCCGAGCGGGACCUUCCUGCUCCGCUUCAGCGAGAGCAACAAAGAAGGAGCCGUCACGUUCAGCUGGGUGGAGCACACCAACGCUGAGACCCAUAUGCAUGCGGUAGCUCCCUACACCAAGGAUGAUCUGUCCAAAAUGUCCAUGCCAGACUCUGUUAACCUCUACAAUCUGAAAGAGGAGGGGAACACGACCAGGAAUCCACUGCUCUAUCUUUACCCAGACAUCCCCAGAGCCGCCGCCUUUGGACCUGACUGCAGCUCUGAAAUGUUGGUCCCUAAAAAGAAAGACGGAUAUAUCCCGAGAACAUUCAUCCCCACCUCAAUGUUUCCUACACCACCUCCAUCCCCGCAGCAGCUCAUGGAAGUCGACCCAGACACCAGUGCAGAGGAACAUGGGCGAGCUCAGGAACUCUUUGAUCAUCGACUUGAUGUUCCUGGAUCUCCUGUGUGGUCUCCUCAAGCUCCUCCCUCGACUGAGAUCAACUUCUAUGAUACUUCUUUACACUUCUGAAAAGGGGCGGGCGUCCAGAGGCCAAAAGUUAUCGUUGCAACACAAUGAUUUUACUCAACAAUUUCAAGAAGUGGAGCUGUAAAUAUAGAUUUGAUUUUACUCGUACAAUGACCAAAGUGUGAUGUAAGAGCAUUUUAAUGUUUAUAUACAUACAAAAGUAAAUGCUGAUGACUUUAUUAACUGGGCGGCUUAAAGAUCUUGGUUAGUGUAUAUUUCACCCAAUGAUCAGUGGUGGCUAAUGUAUUUUGUAUAAUGUUGAAUAUUUGCACCAACUUUCCAUUUCUCUCAGGUUUCUGAAGCUGUUGAGCAAAAGAUGAUGAUGUAAAAUGAUGAUGAUGUACUGCUAACGUUUAUUAAAAUAAAUAUUUGAGCAUUUCCA